AACCCGGAAGCUAGAAACAUUUUUUGGCGUAUGACAAGCAGGCAAGCAGUUCUUAUUGGACUGAACGGGCGCCAUUUUUGGUCCGGUAUCCAGUUCUUAUAAUACAUCCAUGAGGAGGAGGCUCUUGUCUGAAGCCAGAAGAAGCCGGUGUUUGACGUUGCCUGACGUUGACUCUGACACGUCACGGAGGUCAUACAGGAGGAAAGAUGGCGAGCACCUAUGAUAGUUUCAACUUGCGCACCACACCAGAAAAAUUUUACAUAGAGGCUUGUGAUGAUGGCUCUGUGGAUGUCCUGGCUAUUGACAGGGUGUCAACUGAGAUGACUCUCACAGUGAGGAGGGACAUCCCUGCAUCUGCUGAGACCAGGCCGAUUUGUGGACUCAUGGGGACCAUACGUUUGGUGGCAGGUGUGUACCUGGUUGUCAUCACAAAGAAGAAGAAGGUGGGGGAUCUGCUGGGCCACGCUGUGUGGAAGGCUCUGGACUUUGACAUAAUCUCCUAUAAGAAGACAAUACUACACCUGACAGACAACCAGAUGCAAGACAACAAGACUUUCCUGUCCAUGAUCAAAAAUGUGCUUCAUACAGAUGGCUUCUACUUUGCAACAGACUAUGACCUGACCCACACUCUGCAGCGCCUGGCCAACACCAGCCCAGAAUUUCAGGAGAUGAGCCUUCUAGAGAGGGCAGAUCAGCGUUUUGUCUGGAACGGCCACCUGUUGAGGGAAUUCAUUGCACAGCCAGAGUUACACAAGUUUGUGUAUCCUGUUGUCCAUGGCUUCAUUAUCAUGAAGUCAAGCUGCAUCAAUGGAAAGGUGUUUGAUUGGAGUAUUAUCUCCAGGAGGAGCUGUUUCAGAGCUGGUGUCCGCUACCAUGUCCGAGGCAUUGAUUCAGAAGGGCAUGCUGCUAACUAUGUGGAAACAGAACAGAUAGUGCAGUACAACAGUGCCAAGGCUUCAUUUGUUCAGACAAGAGGCUCCAUCCCCUUCUACUGGUCCCAAAGGCCCAAUCUCAAGUACAAGCCAAAGCCACAGAUCAGCAAAACAGUCAACCAUUUGGAUGGAUUCCAGAGACACUUUGACUCACAGAUUAUUCUCUAUGGAAGACAAGUAAUUUUGAACCUGAUCAACCAAAAUGGCUCAGAAAAGCCACUGGAGCUAGCAUUUGACAAGAUGGUGACCAGCUUGGGAAAUGGCAUGAUCAAGUACAUAGCGUUUGACUUCCAUAAGGAAUGCAGUCGGAUGAGGUGGCACCGGCUGCAGAUCUUAUUGGACAUGGUUGCUGAAAUGCAGGAUGAGUUUGGGUAUUUCCUGGUGGAUGCAGAUGGGAAGGUGCUGUCAAACCAGGAGGGGACAUUUCGCAGUAACUGCAUGGACUGUCUGGACCGUACCAAUGUCAUCCAGAGCUUGCUGGCCCGAUGCUCGCUGCAGUCACAGCUACGGAAAAUGGGAGUCCUCCACAUGAGCCAGCAGAUUGAAGAGCAGGCAGACUUUGAGAAGAUGUACAAAAACGCUUGGGCAGAUAAUGCAGAUGCCUGUGCCAAGCAAUAUGCUGGUACUGGUGCCUUGAAGACUGACUUCACCAGGACAGGGAAGAGGACUCAGUGGGGGCUGCUGAUGGACGGCUGGAACUCUGUGAUCCGAUAUUACAAAAACAACUUCUCUGAUGGUUUUAGACAGGACUCCAUCGAUCUGUUCCUGGGGAACUAUGCUGUGGAUGAAGCUGAUUGGACCACUCCACUGCAUGACCUAAAAGACUGGAAGUUUCUGACGUUGCCUAUCAUCAUGGUGGUAGCGUUCUCCAUGUGUAUCAUCUGCCUGCUAAUGGCUGGUGACACAUGGACGGAGACUCUGGCAUAUGUCCUGUUCUGGGGAAUAGCGAGUGUGGUGACGAGUGGCCUCAUCCUCUUUAAUGGACGGGACUUCGUAGAUGCUCCCAAGCUGGUCCAGAAGGAGAAGCUGGACUGAAUGUGUGUGUGUGGAAAGCAGCUAGGCCCUGGUGAGCUCACCACCUCAUCAUCUACCUCUUCAUCACUUUACCCCCACCAUCAGUAUCAACAGGCCUGGAGCCUUUACUAGCAGAGAGGGUGGAGUGGUGGAGGGUGGGGGGUAGCAGGGUUGGCCUUGUGUACAAGAAAGGUGGAAAGACAGAGACUGGAAGUGCACAGGCCUGCUGCUGUCCACACUGCAGCGACACUCAUGUGGACAGGACUGUCUGUCCAUAGGUUUUUCUGUACACUGAACCUCUGGAGUUUGCUCUAACUGGAUGUCAUCGUUCUUGAUUUCAGAGGAAUUCUGUGGGACCUAUGUAAGAUUUCACAUGUCCCACUGCAUUCCCUGAAUGGGAUGCAUUGGGAUCAGAUUCAGAACAGCUGCUGUGAUGUCACAGGACAGCUGUAAAUGAAUUACAGUAUGUACUGUUAAUUUGCCUUUUUUCUUUUUCUUCUGGUUUGCCGUUGCCAAGAUUUGGUUAUCUAUGUACAGUAGCUCUGUCCUAAGUCAGACGCUACCUAUCUGCUUCUGACGACCACGAAUGGGUCGAUAAGGCUCAGAGAAGUACUGCCGUAUUUAGCCAGAAUUAAAAUAACAACAGUGUAUCAUUGGAAAUCCUCAGUAUCCUGGAAUGUAUAACUGGAAAACUGCAUUUGAGCAGUCUUUAUCACUUCAUAUUGUCAUAUAUAGGAAAUAUAUUAGGUGACCAAGUUGUAUUAAUAACAUGUAAUGUGAAGGCGUUUGCGAUGAGGUGGUCAUCAGUCACUGGUAGACCCAUCAUAUGAAGUGGAUCAAUGAAAAAGCCAUUGCAGAAUGUAAAUCAUACUGUGAAGGCAGGUAUAAACUCCACUGUUUGUUCCUAUUAGUAGCCUGUUCAGCAAUACAUGUACAGCUUUUAGAAUAUUUGGAUUAGGGAUGCAAAUUUUAAGCAAUUUCUUUAAAUGAUAGUCAGCCACAUUUACAAUAAAUAGUCAAUUAAUCGUUCACAAUUUACAAAAUACAGUGGAUGUUCUUCUGUGAUAAAAUGUUUGUUUUUUUAUCUACUGACAUGACCUAUAUUCAAUGCAAAAUCAGAGUACAUUGGAAAUUUAAGAUUUGAUUAAGCAAACAGUUAUUUAUAAAUUACCUAAUACAAAAUAGUGAUUUUGUUUAAAAUUGCUGCCACUCCUGUCUCACGCUAUUCAAUGAUUUGCCAGACAAAAUGUACAACAGCAAAGUAUUAAACACAGCAAACAGUGGCACAACUUCCAGCUUCCAGCAACAUAAAUGUGUGUUGGACAUAUCUAACAAUUCAAGCAAAUGUUUUAUAUAACAAAUGUUAUUUACUGUUGAAAGCAGAAGUUUUGUAGCCCUCAACUGUAAUAGGCACCCUUAUGGGCAGUCCGCUCACACACCUGUACCUCAGCUCAUUAAACAGUAAGAGGCACGACUCGAUACUUUAGUAAAUCUACAGUACAUUUUCUGAUAGUUACUCCACACGUCCCUCGUCUAUUCACCAAUAACCUGGAAACAUGUCAUGCCAGUCAAUCAUCAUGUGUUAAAGUGUAUCAUUACAACUCAUAGGCUACUGUAAAUCUAGGUAUCAUGGAACUCACCAAUUGGAGUUUACACCUAUUUAUUUUCCACAAAAAGUAAAUUUGUGUGCAGAAAAAUAAUUUGUCUUCUCUGUUUACUUAAUUUGUGAAUGACUUGUGGGCAUGAAUAAGCAGAACAUAUCGUUAAACAAUAUUGUUAACAAAGUUUUAACAUUAAUGUAUUUCCUACAUAAUAAUGUUGGUUAUCACAUUGUCCUUGUCCUGUCAACCCUCUUGAAUACAGAUGUGAUGCUACACUGGACGUUGUUACUGGUCAGUAACAGAAAAUCUGAUCUAAAUGACUGAUUGAUUUAAUGGGUUUUUGUUUUGUGGAUAUACCUCAGAUUUUUGCCUGUUAAAUGAUGUUAUUCUGGUGGUAAGAAUGUUCAACUUUUUGAGUUGAGGAGGAGCACAUCAUUAACUUUUGUCUCUUAAAAAGUAGAUUUAUGUAUCUUUAUUAAUAUGAUCCCGAAGAAUGAUCUCCGGAUGGUGAUACCUGCAGUGUACAAUCUGAUUUGCAGUUCAGUGUGUGGAGGUACCCAUUCAUCGCUGUACCACCACUGCAACACAGAUGGUUGGUAAUGUGUAUUUGUUAUUUUUCCAUAGUAUUUAUGCAUAAAUUCUUUCAUUCACUUUGUGAUCGAGAGCAACAAGACAGCAACACCUGUAUGGAGAAGCAUAAAACUGCCCUAAGUCGUAGCUCAUGAGGUGCAGGUCCAGGCCACAAGGCUUCAGUCCUCUGAAGGUUACUAUAGGAGGCAACACCUGGAUUGGGGCCAUUUGGACUAUAAUAUUCCCCCUUACUCUUGAGUGGGAACUCUGCAGUGUUGUCCUCUGUCAUUCUGGUCUUGUAGGGUUCAGUAGGCAUUUGGUUGUGACAGCAUGCAGUGGUCCAUGUAGUUUCUGAGCCAAGCUUCAUUUUCUAUCUCCAUCAGUUGUUUAAGAGGUGUUUAGAUUGUUACAUGGAGUCUGGCUUUGUAAGGAGUGGCUGAAACCAAACAGUUUUUUGGUAUUUACUGUAUGGUUGUUAUAUCUAUGUAUUGUGGAUUAUGGUAAAAUGCUAAAAACAGUACAUUUAGCAUGUUGGAGACUCUGUAUUCUGCUGUAGAGAAAUAUGAAUCAGGUUUUCAACAAUGUCAGUGCCAUAUAACUAUAGUAAUUGAGUAAAUUAUAUAUUCAUAUUCUUAUGAGUUACGUAAAGGAAAUUUCCUCAGCACUUUUGAUUGGUCUAUUUCUGGAAAAAUAGUAAUAUCAGAUUUUGGGAGCAAAGACAUUCAGCUUGUUUUAGCUUUUAAUGUGAAUGUGUUUAUGAGUAUGUCUGACAUGUUGAUUAAAAGUUUUUUGGUAAUUUCCCCAUAUUA